AUGGUCCUGCAUCCCGAUGUUUUCCUCCGGGCCCAAGCAGAAGUAGACCGAGUCACGGGACACUUACGGCUUCCCAACUUCGACGACAGACUGUCGAUGCCCUAUGUCGAAUGUGUGCUGCGAGAAGUAUACCGGUGGGGCUGUCCACUUCCAUUUGGAGUACCCUAUCGGCUCGUAGAGAACGAUGAAUGUAGAGGAUAUCAUCUUCUCGCGGGGUCUACGAUCAUAACCAAUAUCUGGGCAAUGACACGCCGCACAGACGUCUAUCCCGACCCAGAGCGGUUUCUUCCCGAGAGGUUUGAAUUGGCUCACGGACAGACCGCACUGCACGACCCGCGAAAGUACAUAUUCGGCUUUGGCAAACGGUCGCAUCCCGGGUGCGACUUCGCCGACAGCAGCAUUUGGAUUGUGAUGGUGGGCAUCUUGUCCGCUUUGGAUGUGCGCAAGGCGCGCAAUCGGACGGGAGAGGAGAUCUCGCCCGUGCCAGCAUUUAAAUCUGGCAGCGUGAGGCACGCUGCGCCCUUCGAGUGUGAUAUCCGAGCACGGCCUGGAAAGGUCAUGUCGCACCUGCCCGCAGACUCUGUGCAAGACUCCGUAUACUCGCAGUCGCAGUAG